CGCUCGCGGCAGCCACUCUCCCUGUCGGACGCCGAGGGCAUUUGGGGAACUCGACGAGAAAGCCACAUACAACCCCCAAACCACACUCCCCCCCCAACCCCACUCCUUCCCUCGUCCAUCUCGCUCUUUCUCUUCCUCGAUCCAGAAAGGAAGGGGGUCACUCGAAAUAAAAUUCCUUCGCUGCUGUUUGAUGGUCGCUCCGAUUUCCUGAAUCCUAAUUCUCUGUCCGGUAACCCUUGUCCACCUUCUUCUCCUUUCUAAAUCUUUGAAACGGAAGGAAAGAGUUGUAGAAUUCUCCAGAAAAAUGAACGAUUUUUUGGAACCCUAGCUCUCUCAAGUAUCAGUUAUUCUUUGGAAGAAACAAGUCCAUGGAGGGUGAUCUAUCAGAAGGGAGUAAUUGUCAGACUCCAUCUUCAAAUGGAAAGCUCCUAGUUGCCAUACCUGUUGCAGGUGGUUCAUCUGGUGAAGGCUUGCCUUAUGCUCCUGAAGAUUGGCCCCAUCCUGGAGAUAAAUGGCGGUGGAAAGUAGGGAAUAGAAAAACUGCUUCUGGCCACUGGAUUGACAGAUAUCUUUACCCCCCUGCCCAUCUUCCAAAAGCUACUGGUAACAAGUCGGGAUUUCCAAGCAAAUCAUCACUUGAAGAAUACAUUCGGAAGGAAUUUCCUGACAAGGAUGUUGAUUCCUUUUUUGCCUCUUUUAUUUGGAGGGUUCCUUGUGCUGGUCAUGCUCCAAGAAAAGGUUCUGAGAAAAACCUAUAUAUUCAUGCAUCUCCCAAUAGUGUGGAUGUCAGUGAAUGUUAUGGUUCUGUAUCAGAAAUUCGGGUUGGGGGUUGUAAAGCUGGGAAUAAGAUGUGCAAACUCCAAGAGAAAGAACGAAGCAAUGGAUUGCGAGCCAAGGAUUGUAAUAUCUGCUGCAGUGAAUAUGGUUUCUGUCGUGACUGUUGUUGUAUCCUGUGCUGCAAAACUGUUGAUUGGGCAUAUGGAGCUUAUAGUUUUAUUAGAUGUGAGGCAAUUGUGGAUGAGAAUCUUAUCUGUGGGCAUGUUGCACAUAUUGAAUGUGCCCUUCGUUCUUACAUGGGUGGGACUGUUGGAGGAGCCAUUGAUUUGGAUGUGGAAUAUUAUUGCAGACGCUGUGACAAUAAAACCGACCUUAUAUCACAUGUGACCAAGCUAAUAACAAUAUGUGAAUCUCUUGACUCCAGGGAUGAUAUUGAAAAAAUUUUAAAUUUGGGCUUCUGCAUCUUGCGUGGCUCUCAACAGAUGGGAGCAAAGAGCUUGCAUAACCAGAUUGGAUUGAUCUUGCUGAAGCUUAAACAAGGUGUUCCUCUUGGUGAAAUCUGGAAGAUGGAGGAUAGCAUCUCAAUGCCUACUGUAGGAGAUACCUCGCAUCUUGGAAAUGAGAUAACACUUUUAGGGGCACCAGACAUUACAAGAUAUAAAAUAAAUGAGGGUCUCAAAGAGGAGGUUGAACUUCUGCAAAAGAAUGAUGUAGUUGAUGGGAGAGCUCAGCUGUCAGUAUACAUAACUUCAGAUUAUGAUAAUGUGUCUGUGAAGCUUGAAGAUGAUAUAGAUAACAUACUUCGGGAAUUGAAAAGUUCCCAAGAGCUGGACUGUAGGAUUGUGGAGCAAAAGCUUUAUGAUCAGAAAGAUUACCUUCUGAGUUUAUAUCGACAGCUUGAUUCUGAAAGAUCAGCACUCGCAAAUCCUAUUUCUAUUUUACCUAAUGGGGGUGAUUGCGAUAAUCUUCUUGCCAAUGUUCUGGACAGAGUGGAUCAAAUAAGGCAUGAAGAGGAAAAACUCAGGAAUAUUAUGAAAAUUGCUAAAGGACUUGGAGAAACCAACAAAAGUAUCCUUCAUGAACACUUUGGGCUAGCCUCUGAUAAUUGAACAAAGUUUCUGUAUCAGCUUACAUUGUUACGUUGUUGAUCUUGUUUUCACAAUUGAGAAGAAGGAUGACAUUAUUAACAUUUUCUUAAGAAAUAACAUGUUUUGCUUUGUUUUAUCCUCUCUGCCAUAAUUUAGCUGGUAAAUCACCAAUGUCGGUCACUCUAAUUUUUCAUUUAUUAGAAGUUGAACCAUCGGUGUCUUUAUGUAAUAUGCUGUCUACUUAGUGGCAUGGUUGGUUCAUGAUCAACAUUUUCUCUGUAUCAAGUGGGCGCCAGUCUUCUAUUCAUUCAAUUUUCUCAUGAUC